AUGACAAAACAUCUGGCAAAAAUAGCAUUCAUUCACCCAGACUUGGGGAUAGGUGGUGCCGAACGGCUUGUUGUUGAUGCGGCAAUGGGUUUACAAGAACUAGGCAACGACAUCACCAUUUAUACUUCACAUUGCGAUCUUACACAUUGCUUUGACGAAAUAAGCUCUGGAAAAUUAAGUGUCAAAGUUUACGGAGAUUUUUUACCGACUCAAAUAAUGAAGCGUCUUCAUAUAUUGUUUGCCAUUUUGCGGCAAUUGUAUCUUGUCUUGGUCCUAAUUUUGACCGGUGAGGUAAAAAAAUACGACUACUUUGUGAUCGACCAAUUAUCGUUCUGUGUCCCAUUCAUCAACAUAUUCAGCAAACAGUCUUCGCGAACACUAUUUUAUUGCCAUUUCCCAGAUCAAUUAUUGACCAAACGCAGCAGUUUUUUAAAAAGUUUAUACCGUGUCCCAUUUGAUUUUAUUGAGGAAUGGUCUACUGGCUGCAGCGAUGAGAUUGUAGUGAAUUCUAAUUUCACCAAGGGUGUGUUUCACGAAACUUUCAAGAAUUUAAAAACAGAGCCGGGCGUGAUUUAUCCGUGUAUCAAUGCUGAUGCAAGUACUAUGGAAAUCACGCCUUCAGACGAAGAGGUGUGUAAUUUCUUUAAAGAUUCCAAAUACUUCUUAUCCAUUAAUAGAUUUGAACGGAGUAAAGAAAUAGAGCUUGCCAUCCGAGCAUAUGCUAGGCUGCGAAAAGUGUUUUCCGGGAAAACAAAGCUGAGACUAGUUAUUGCUGGGGGAUACGAUGCACGCGUCGUGGAGAAUGUUGAGUAUUUGAAAGAGUUGACGCAGAUUUGUGAUGAAUUGAAAUUGACAAACUUUACGGUACGAGGCAAGCUCAUUAUCAUGCCCCCUUCGACAGAUGUCUUGUUUCUUCCCAGCAUCAAGACCUCUCUCAAGAAUGCGCUUUUGAAGAAUGCCGAGAUGUUAUUGUACACGCCAGGCAGAGAACAUUUUGGAAUUGUUCCGGUGGAGAGUAUGCAAUUUAAGACACCAGUAUUGGCGCGGAAUUUUGGUGGCCCUUUGGAAACGGUCGUAAAUUAUACCGGUGACAAUAUUAAUGCUGCAACAGGGUUUACCGAAGAAGGCGACUAUGUCAAAUGGGCCAAAAUUAUGUUGCGUUUCUUUAAUGAGAUUGAUGAGCCUACAAAAAGAAAAUUGGGCGAGAAUGGGUACAAGCGCGCACAAGAGAAGUUCUCUAGAGCCAAAACUAGCGCAGCUUUUAUGGAGAUUUUAAAAAUUUCCUCCACAAAGAAAAAGAGAAAAAUUGUGUCUAUAUAUAAACUUUCAUUGCUGCUUGCGUUGGUGAUUACAAUAUUGGCGUAUAUUGUAAGUCUCGUAUUGAAAUAG